AUGGCGGCCAAGAUUGAAGAAGAAGAUAUUGAACACACAAGAGAAAACAAACUUAUGAAGUCUAAUAAAAAUCCAAAGCUUCUCGUCGGUGACAAAGUUGAGGUAAAGAGCAUGAAGGAUGGAUUCUUAGGCUCCUGGCAUAGUGGGGGAGUCAUUUUUUGUGAAUCUCAAGCUAGAAUAAUUGAAUAUUAUCAUAUUUUGUGUGACGAUAAUUCAGGAAAUAAAUUGAUUCAGCGUGUGGAGAUUACUCCUGCUAUCCAAGGGAAUUGUUCUGUUCUCCCGUCUUCAAAUAACUACAAAGGUUUGAUAAGGCCAUCGCCUCCUACUUCUGAUUUUGAUAUGUCGAAGCUAGAAUAUGGACAUUGUGUUGAUGUUUAUUACAUGGAUGCUUUUUGGGAAGGUGUGAUACUUGAUCACAAUGAUGGUUCAUUAAACCGGUUAAUUAUAUUUCCAGAUAUGGGCAAUGAGAUGUCUGUGGGAAUUCGCAGUCUACGAAUAUCUCAGGACUGGGAUGAGACCAGCGGUGAAUGGAAGCCACGCGAAAAAUGGUUAUUUCUUGAAGUGUUAAAUGAAUUCAUUAAAGAAUGGGCUUUACCACUUUCUGUGUCUGAAAUAUGGUAUAAAGUUAGAGAAAUCGACAGUUUUAUGAAUCUUAAGGUCUGGACGUCGACUACAAGGGAUGAUUGGAUACAAGUCUUAACUGAAGUUAUUUUUGAUUAUAAAUCCGGUACUUUGGAACAUGAAUUCCCUAUGCUUGAUGCUGAAGCUGACAAUAAGCAAAAUAUUUCUGAGGUCAUUAAUCUAAUAGAUUUUUCAGUAGAAAAUCAAUCAAAGACUGAUCAUUUGGAUAUACCAAAAGAAGAACAUGAUGGAUUAGAUAAAGCACAACAUUCUUUUGAUGCUCUACCAAACACUCCACCAAAGUCGAAAACACUUGAAGUAGUAAACAAUGAUAGUUCUAAACAGACUAAAGAAAUUUGUUUUAACGGGUGGUCUGUUGCAGGAACCGACAUUGUGCCAUUUCAUCAGUUUGAUCCGGAUGCAGUAUAUAGAUACUAUCACAAUAGUAAAGCUGAAGAAAAAAACUGGGGCAAUUUGAAAAUUAGAGUUAGGCAGCAUUUGGCUUCACUUGGAUGGAAGAUUGAGUUUAUAAGAGAUGGUGAAAAAGGAAUGAUUAGAAUGCGUUAUACUUCGCCCGAAGGAAAAGUUUUCAUGUCACUUAUUCUUGUCUGUAAAGCUCUGCUUGAAAAGGGUUCGCUACCAGUAAGUUCUUAUGAGCUUGGAAAGCGUUCGCUACCAGUAAGUUCUCAUUCUCCGGUUUCUAAGAAGUUACAAAAAAAACUCAAAAUAUCUGUAGUACAUUCUUCUAAAGAUCAAAAAGUCUGUUAUGAGCCUGAAUAUAAUCAUGAAGCCUUGUUGGAGUAUGUUUCAAUUGGAGCUCAACAUAAAAACAAUGACCAUAGUUGGUCUAGAAAGCCUCAUGUUAAAGAUAUUCAAUUGAAAGUCCGAAAGCAUCUUUCAUUUCUUGGAUGGAAAUUCUGGUACAUUGAUAAAAAAGACAAAAGAGAAUUACGAUAUUGCUCUCCGAAAGAGAAGGUAUAUAUGUCCCUUAUAACAGCAUGCAAGCAAUGUAUGAAUGAAGAAAACUUGUCUGAAUUGAAGGAUGCUGUUGAUCAACAUGAAAACACUCUUAAUGAAGAAGUUACACAUUUCACAAGAUCUAAAAAGGCAUUAGGAAAAAAUUAUUGUGGACAAAAGGAAAAUCCCCCCACUUCUUGUUCUCCAAAUACUCGAACCACAUUGUCUUGGUUAAUAGACAAUAAUGCGGUGUUGCCUGGGAAUAAAGUGUAUUAUAUUUCCAGAAAGGAUCGACGUAAGUUAGCUGAAGGAAAAAUUGCACGGAAUGGAAUAACGUGUGAUUGUUGUGGACAAGUUUUUACGUUAACUAAAUUUGAGGCUCAUGCUAGUGGCACUAACCAAAGACCUGCUGCUAAUAUAUUUUUGGAAGAUGGAAGAUCUCUUUUAGAGUGUCGAUCACAAUUUAAAAGCCGCGAUAAAUUAAUGAACUCGAUGAAAAAGUCUAAAGAGACAAAAAGUGAUGAUAUUUCACAUGAUUAUAUAAACGAUUAUAUAUGUUCUGUUUGUCGCCUUGGUGGAGAGAUAGUUAUGUGCGAUAAAUGUCCGUCCUCAUAUCAUAUUAGUUGUCUUGGUCUUAAGGAUAUUCCUCAUGGCGAUUGGUUUUGCCCGUCAUGUUGUUGUGGAUAUUGUGGGAGAAGUGAAUUUUCUAAAGAUGUUAAUGAAGUGAAAAAUGAUAGUUUUCUUCAUUGUGACCAGUGCCAACAUAAGUAUCAUAUGGAGUGCUUAAAGGAAAUGGCCCAUGCAAAUUCUGAAAAUGUCCCUAUGGAAAGUUGUUUUUGCAGUAAAAGAUGUGAAGAGAUAUUUUUGGGACUUGAGUUACGUUUGGGAAAAUGUAUUUCAUUGGGCGAAAAUUUAACAUGGACAUUAUUGAAAGGUGUUUGUUCUGGUGAUGGUCCUGAUAAGAAAUCUGAGAGUUAUAAGAAGUUAAACCUUGCUCUUAAGGUUAUGCAUGAGUGUUUUAAGCUUGUCAAAGAUCCUGACACUAGAAGAGAUAUUGUUGAAGAUGUUAUCUUUUGUCGAAGAUCUAAGUUGAAUCGAUUGAACUUUAAAGGAUUCUUCACUGUAAUUUUAGAGAAGAAGAAUGAGAUAGUUUCAGUGGCUAACUUUAGGAUUCAUGGAGAGAAAGUUGUAGAAAUGCCACUAGUUGCCACAAGAUUUAAAUAUCGCAAAUCAGGAAUGUGUCGCAUCUUAAUGAAUGAGUUUGAAAAGAUGUUAUCGGAGUUAGGUAUACAAAGAAUUGUAUUACCCGCAGUUUCUAGUGUAGUCAACACAUGGAAAAACGCAUUUGGAUUUUCUGAAAUAAAAGAAUGCGAAAAAUUAAUGUUUUUGAAUAACACAUUCUUAAAUUUUGAAGGCACUGUUAUGUGCCAUAAACUUUUGCGAAAAUAA